AUGGACAAGCACGCGAACAAUACCGCCUGGCCCAGCACCGUACAGGCAAUCUCCAAGCCAUUCCACUUCAAUCAGAAUGGGCACUACAGGUUCAUCCACACCAUCUUAUGCUAUCGUCGCAAAAGGACCCGGUUGACUAUCUCAGCAUAUCAAAGUGCGCUGGAGUUGAGUAUUGUUUAUCCUACUGCCCACUUUGUACCAACAAAGUGUGCUGCAACCGGACAACACCAUCAGCCCAUGACAGAUGCGUUCAGGGAACCUCCUUCCAAUCCCUGUGGUGCUGAAGUCUAUCUACCGACCUAUGUCUUCCGUGUGGACAAAGACAACUACUACACCCUGUUUGUCGCAUCAUUGCCACCAGAUUGGAUGCAGCCAUCGUGCAUAUCUCGCGUGGAGACCAAUAUCAAGAAAGUCGCUCACGUCAGCACGCUUGGUCCUUACAGCCUCCAAGCCCAUUGUCAACUGGCAGAUGCUCUCUUGACCGGUGAAGUACGACCACCAGCAUUGUGCGGUAAGGCCGGCCAUCGGAAAUCUGAGGUGGUUGGCCAUGGUGUCAGGAAGACCAUGCUUGCGCAUCAGAUUCCCAUCUCGCCACCAGCCUUGGGGCCAUCCAGCUGCACAAUCCUCAUGCAGGCCGAGUCCUCAUACGACAACAUCAAUUGUCAAUCCAACAUGCCACAAGCAAUUCCUAUCGAGAUCAUCACCGCUAUUGUGCUCGCUGCAAUCAAAGAGGCCCGCAUGCAGUUCCACCGGUCUUGGAUGUCAGCAGCCCAACAUGUUGACCCCAUGUCGUGCUAUAUACAAUUCCCACCAAUGGCAACACCCACCAUACUCGAGAACAUCCGAGGAGUCUGCCGAUCUUGGAAUGCUAUCGCUGCUCAGGAGCGUGCAGAGCUAUGGAGUGCCGUCUAUAUUGUCCUGUCCAUCACCAAUGUCCCGACUGCUCAAGAGGCCAUUGCUUGCGCUCUUGAUCAGUCGCGUGGCACUGAUACCGACAAGCCACUGCACAUCUAUAUCGCCCUCUCAUCACCUUGGGGAUGGGAUGAUGGCGACGCUGUCGCAGAGGUACUCAACAGCAUCACCCUUCAAGCCGCGCGCAUUCGUACACUCUCCAUCAUUGGUGUCGAGUUCCUCCCACCUGGCCUGCGCGCUAUCCCAUCUGCACCAAACUUCAACCGCCUUAAGCUUGUUUGGGAGAGAGAGUCAGCCAAUUCAUUAUGGGGCAUGACUGCUUCAGAGCCGUAG